GAAGUGUGUUUGCAUUUCGCGGGCACGGUGGAACGACGCGCUGGUGUUGUGGACAGAAAUGGCGGACGUGAACGCAAUGGAGAAGAAGUUGGCGGAGUACAAGUGUGAUACCAACGACGCAAUAUGUUUGAAGCUAGUGCGGUUUGCGGAGGAUGUAGAUGACGAAGGAACCACAUUCCAUCCCGAGUACAGCCACCAACUUUAUGGGGACGAUGAGGUGGCUUUUGGAUACAAGGGACUUCAGAUUCAGCUGUACUACAGCGCUGGCAACCUGAAUACUCUCUUCAAAGUCAAAUACUCCUCCAAGGUCACAGAGAAGUUUGACUGUGUUGAGCCUGACGACGUGGAGGGUAAGAUCCGAGAGAUCAUCCCCCAGGGGUUCUGCUGCAACACGGACGACUUCAUCUCACUGCUGGAGAAGGAGGGCAACUUUAAGCCCUUCGGCAGCCUAAUCCACACAUACAGCAUCCACAACGAGGACGCAGGCGAGGACAUCACCUACCAGAUCCACAAAGCCGACCUGUCCUGCCCUGGCUUCCAGGAGUACCAUGAGCGGCUCCAGACCUUCCUCAUGUGGUUCAUUGAGACGGCCAGCUACAUCGACGUGGACGACGACCGCUGGGACUUCUUCUUGGUAUUCGAGAAGUACAAUAAGGACGGCGAGACUCUCUACGCGACAGUUGGCUACAUGACAGUUUAUAAUUACUACGUGUACCCAGACAAAACCCGACCACGUGUAAGCCAAAUGCUGGUCCUGCCCCCGUUCCAGGGAGAGGGACAUGGGGCUCAGCUGCUGGAGACGGUUCACAGGUUCUACUGCAACUCUCCCAAAGUACAGGACAUCACAGCCGAGGACCCGCCGGAGAACUACGUGAAGCUGCGGGACUUUGUCCUGGUGAAGCUGUGCCAGGAGCUGCCGCCCUUCGCCACCGACAAGCUCAGCUCCGGCUUCAGCGAGGACAUGGCCCGCGAGGCGCAGGAGAAGUUAAAGAUAAACAAGAAACACGCUAGACGGGUGUACGAGAUCCUGCGUUUGCGAGCCACGGACAUGAGUGACGAGGAGAAGGCCCGAGCAUUCCGGCUGGAGGUCAAAAAGCGAUUAUUUGGCCCCUACAAGAAGAACCAGCGUGAGAUGGCGAAGAUGCGCAAGUGUCUGCGUCCGGAGGAGCUGCUGUCUCAGGUGAACCAGCUGGACACCCAGCUGCAGCACGAGGAGCUGGAGAGGAGCUACCAGGAGGUGCUGGCCGAGUACCGCAGGACCAUCGAGCGCCUCGCACGCCUCUGAGCUGACACACACACACACACACACACACACACACACACACACACACACACACACACACACACACACACACGGGUACAUACCAGGAGUAGCUGGUGGAGUACCGCAGGACCAUCGAGCGCCUCGCACGCCUCUGAGCUGAUACACACACACACACACACACACACACACACACACACACACACACACACACACACACACACACGGGUACAUACCAGGAGGUGCUGGGGGAGUAUCAAGCGCCUCGCACGCCUCUGAGCUCCGCUCAGGCCCCCCGAUUCCCCAACAUACACACACACACACACAUAAAUACACACGCACGCACGCAUGCACGUUAAGACUGAUACACACUCAUUCACAUACACACACACACACACACACACAAGGGUACAUACUGAUACACACUUAUACACACACACACACUCAUACAGACUGAUACACACUCAUCUACAGUCACACACUGUCACCUCUACACACAGACACACACACACACUGACUCAAACAGACUGAUGCGAAACUAUCAAUACAGUUUCACACCACACACACACACACACACACACACACACACACACACACACACACACACACACACACACACACACACACACACACACACACAGCUUCUCUACUCAACGAUUAUGACCAACGUCUGUGUGUGAGCGUUUGAGUGUGUGUGUCUGUGUUCUCAAUGGACUCACUCCCUGCUGUUGGAGAGGAAACCAACCCCUCAACCCCCCCCCUCCAUGUCCCCAUAAAUUGUCACCUGCCACGUGACAUCUCCGUGAUCGAUACAUCAGCUAACAGGCCAUAGUCAUACGUCUCAGACUUCACAGCCCUCUCAGGAAGGAACACAAAAAAAAAGAAAACCGAGAACAGAACAUUUACUUUUUGUAUGUGAGAAUCAGUAAGUAUUUCUUUUUUGCAGAAUAUAUGUGGUUAUUAAGGCUCUUUUCCUCUCUUGUGAAGACGAGUAGAUUUUGAAGCACUUCAUAUUGAAAAUAAAAAGUUUUGUACAUUA